AUGUCUGCUCUAAGGAUCCUCGUCCCCGUCAAGCGGGUCAUCGACUAUGCGGUCAAGCCGCGGGUCAACAAGGCGCAGACCGCUGUCGAAACAGCUGGCGUCAAACACUCCAUGAAUCCCUUUGACGAGUUGUCCGUCGAGGAGUCGGUCCGCAUCCGUGAGAAGAAGCGAGCCCCCGGCGGCGUUGAAGACAUUUGCGCCAUCUCCGCCGGCCCGCCCAAGGCCCAGGACAUCUUGCGAACAGCCAUGGCCAUGGGUGCAGAUCGCGCCAUCCACGUCGAAGUCAAGGAGGGCGACGAUCUGGAGCCCCUGACCGUUGCCAAGCUGCUCAAGAAAGCCGCGGAGGAGCAGAAAAGCAACCUCGUCAUCUUGGGCAAGCAGAGCAUCGACGACGACGCCAACCAGACGGGCCAGAUGCUUGCCGGUCUGCUGGGCUGGCCGCAGGCUACUCAGGCGAGCAAGGUUGAGUUCGGAGAGGGCGACAGCGUCACGGUGACAAAGGAGGUCGACGGUGGUGUCGAGACUAUUCGUGCCAAGCUGCCCAUGAUUAUUACCACAGACUUGCGACUCAACGAGCCCCGGUACGCGAGCUUGCCUAACAUCAUGAAGGCUAAAAAGAAGAAGCUGGAAAAGAAGACGCUCCAGGAUUUUGGGUUGGACAAUGAAAAGCGCCUCAAGGUCCUCAAGGUUACGGAGCCUGCACCCAGACAAGGUGGCGGCAAGGUAGAGGAUGUUGAUGGCCUGAUUGGCAGAUUGAAGGAAUUGGGUGCACUAUAG